CUUUGGCCUUCUCCCUGACAGAGAACUGAUUCCUGUCAUCCUCCUUCUGCAGGCCUCUUCGUCUUCAACUAAAUUGUGGCAGUCAGGAACAGUCAUCGUCUCGUGCCAUGAGCUUGUGCUGACCCUUAUCACUCUUCCAUCCCCAACGCCAUGAUUCCGCUGCUGCCGUACCGUGGCCUUCUGCGCCCCUUAUUGUCCACCUGCCUAGCCCUUUUUCUCCUUCUCGCGUCAGGGACAGCCUACGAAACCGUCUCGGACGAGACCCUGCGAUCCCUCCCGCGACCCGGGAAAGACUUUGAUAUCCACGAUGGUGCACUCCUCGCGCCGAUCCUGGUGCCCCGUGUCUCCGGGACCGCGGGCAACACCGCCGUCCUGAACCACCUGGCGGAGUUCUUCCGCACCUCGCUCCCGGAGUGGACCCUGCAAUUCCAGAACUCAACAUCGAAGACCCCCGUCUCCAAGGGGAAGAAAAUUCCCUUCGUCAACCUCAUCGCCUCCCGGGAUCCGCCCGGCACCAGCCCCGGCGACGUCGGACGCCUGACCCUGGUCGCGCAUUACGACAGCAAGUACGAACCGGAAGGCUUCAUCGGGGCGAUCGAUAGUGCCGCGCCGUGCGCGAUCAUGCUGCACGCCAUGCGGACCAUCGACGGCGCCCUGACGAAGAAGUGGGAGGACCUGCGCGCCCAGGGGCAGCUGAAUCUGCUGGAGGAACAACAGGGCAUCCAGGUGAUUUUCAUGGACGGGGAGGAGGCAUUCAAGGACUGGACGGCCACCGACUCGCUGUACGGCGCGCGCUCCCUGGCGGAGCAGUGGGACGCCGAGGUCCACCCGGCCAUGUCCGUGUACCGGUCGCCGCUCGACUCGAUCUCCCUAUUCGUGCUACUAGAUCUACUUGGCGCGAAGGACCCCACGAUCCAGUCGUUCUUCCCGACCACGCACUGGGCGUACAAGAAGCUGGCCACGCUGGAGCGGCGGCUGCGAGACUUGAAGCAGUUCCGAUCCGCGGAUCCCGGACGGUCCUGGUUCCCUCACUUUUCGAAGAGCGAAAAUGAGAUCCCGAUGUACAUGCACAUCGAAGACGACCACAUCCCGUUCCUGAGACGAGGCGUGGAGGUCCUGCAUAUCAUUGAUGCCGGCGAUCGAGGCUUUCCCACGGUCUGGCAUACGAUCAAGGAUGACGGCGAACAUCUGGAUAUAGACACCGUGGAGGACUGGAGCGUACUGUUCACUGCGUUCGCGGCCGAGUGGAUGGAGCUGGAAGGCUUUAUGUCUGGUGCGACCCCGGGCCACAAGCGCUCUACUAACAGCUGGGCUAAGACGGAAUUGUAAGCCUUGUCUGAAUUUAAUACUGCAUCAGUGCCUGGGCUGGUCCCAGCCUUAGACUGCAUCUGCAUCUGCAUCUGCAUCUCCUUGGAGUCGUGCUGAUAUUUUGUGCAUCACAUAGCCUCUAAC